AGCUCCAUUGGUAAUUAGACUUGUCGUUAAGCAUGUUUAGUGUUAGAGUUAUCGUUAUAUUGACGCAAAGCUGUAGUUAUUUAUGGUGAAUAAGUGAAUGACAACUGUUAUUGGCAUUCCUGGUGACAUAAUCAGGCCAUGGAUGAUUGAAAAGAGAACAAAUAUAUAGUUUAAAUGUGAAUACACAUUUGAAUGACGAGACAUUUUUGGGCAUUUAAUUUGUUACAAGAACUAUGAGACAUUGAUUUGAAUACGCAAAUAAUCAAAUUUGACAAAAUCAAAAUGGCAGAAAAUGGAAAUUCUGAUUAUGUGUGUACACUAAGCCCAGAACUUGUGAAGAAAGCUCAAGAAGAAUUAAAUGAAAAACCAGAAUGGCGUAGUCGUGAUAUACAAGCUCUAAGGGAAAUGGUUCAAAAGGAAAAAGCUUUAAGAAUUCGCACAGAUGAUGCAUUUUUGUUACGUUUCUUACGAGCUAAAAAAUUUGACUAUGAGAGAGCAUUUAAUCUGAUUAUGACACAUUUCAAAAUGAAGGUAGACAAUGCAGAACUAUUCGAGGGGCUGCGUCCUGCUGCUGUAAAACAUGUUCUAGAGGCAGGUAUUACAGGAGUUCUUCCUCAGAGAGACAAGCUGGGACGAAAAGUCAUUAUAUUUAGGCCAGGUAAAUGGAAUCCUUCAAAGUUUGGUAUCAAUGAUAUUUUUAGAACUAAUUUCCUGACUAUGUCCAGACUGAUAGAGGAUGAAGAAACCCAGAUAAAUGGUAUUAUAAUGGUUAUGGAUUUAGACGGAUUUGGAUGGAGUCACGGAAAAAAUAUUUCACCACUGUAUGCUCGUAGAGUCAUGGGUUUAAUUCAGGAUGCCUUUCCAGCCAGAUUUAAAGGGAUACAUUACUUCAAUGAACCAGCAAUCUUUGACUAUGUGUUUGCUAUAGUUAAACAGUUUAUGAAGGAGAAAACAGUUUCUAGGCUACAUUUUCAUGGGAAAAAAUUUGAGGAACUGAAAGAAUUUAUUGAUGAAGAGUAUAUUCCUGAAGACUUUGGAGGAAAAGGUCCAAAAUACACCAAUAAGGAAUGGAUGGAUGAAUUACUCAAGCUGGAUGCACACUUUGAUAGUGAAGCCAAAUAUGGACUUGUGGAUGGCACAUUGAAGAAACCCACGAUGAAGGAAGACGCUAUAGACUGUAUGGUAGGAUCCUACAGGAAGCUUGAUGUAUAAUACUGACGAUUCUGUAAUAGGAUAUAGUUCCUCUUGUCUGUUUUUCUGAUAUGAAAAUUAUCUCCCAUAGAGGAUUAGCUUACUGCAUUGGGUGUGUUAAAGGAAAAACAGUGAAAGACUUAUUGACAUAUAAUUGCUAAUUUCUGUGUCAUUUGGUCUCUU